CUGGUCCCUCCAGCAGAAUCCCCUCCACUCCACCUGUCGCCAGCGGAGCAUCCUCUCCAGCGGCCGUAGUCAGCCCACAUGAGCUCCAGCGACUAACACGAGCAGCAGGCAGGCCCGCUCAGGUCCAGACGCUGCACUUCCAGACCUCGACCUUCGAACCAGCUCAUCCUCCACCUCGACCCUCCUCAGUCUAUUUCCGUUUGCUCCAAGCAUCGUUCUGCCUAUCGCGUGUUUGCAAGGGGAAAAGGGAAAGACUAUAAAGAAAAAAGUUUAAAAACAGGGGCCCAGUUCAGACAUCCUACAAGACAGCAUCUCUACCCCGUCCCGUCUUACCUGGACGCUACCUAUAGCACCACCAUACCUAUCAGCCCUAGGCAAAAACAGGAACACCAGCAGGCCCAGUUUCUUAGCAGGGCAGACACGAUGGCGCCUUCCGACAAGACCCAGCAGCGCGUGCCCAUGCGCCAGCGCCGCCCCUCCUCGGGCGCCCCCAUCGUCGACAUCACGGGCUCCGUCGGGCCCGCCGGCGUCUCGCGCCCCAAGCACAGGCGCACCUUGACUGGCUUUGGGGCCGGGGAGAUCAAGAGCGUCGAGGCCUCCAUCCCCGAGCCCCAGCGCGCCGCCUGGACGGCGCACAAGGCCAAGGGCUUCAAGGACAAGGACCAGUUCGAGAGUGAGGUCGUACGGCACGUCGAGACCACCCUCGCCCGCAGUAUCUUCAACUGCAACGAGGAUGCCGCCUACUCGGCCGCCAGCCUGGCCUUCCGCGACCGCCUCAUCCUCGACUGGAACAAGACCCAGCAGCGCCAGACCUUUGCCGACUCCAAGCGCGUCUACUACCUCAGUCUGGAAUUCCUCAUGGGCCGCGCCCUCGACAAUGCCAUGCUGAACCUGAACCUGAAGGACGUGGCCAAGGAGGGCAUGUCGGAGCUCGGCUUCAACCUUGAGGACGUCAUCCAACAGGAGCACGACGCCGCCCUCGGAAACGGUGGCCUUGGCCGCCUUGCUGCUUGCUUCCUCGACAGCAUGGCCUCCCUCAACUUCCCAGCCUGGGGCUACGGUCUGAGGUAUCGAUACGGAAUAUUCAAGCAGGAGAUUGUCGACGGGUACCAGGUGGAAGUGCCAGACUACUGGCUCGACUUCAACCCGUGGGAGUUCCCUCGCCACGAUGUCACUGUUGAUAUCCAAUUCUUUGGUCGCGUUCAAAAAACCACAGGCAAGUCGGGCAAGACGGUCUGCAGCUGGGAGGGCGGCGAGUUUGUCACAGCUGUCGCCUACGACGUGCCCGUCCCUGGAUACUCGACGCCGACCACCAACAACCUGCGGCUGUGGUCCAGCAAGGCGGCAAGCGGCGAGUUCGACUUCCAAAAGUUCAACAGCGGCGAGUACGAGAGCUCGGUGGCGGAGCAGCAACGCGCCGAGACCAUCAGCGCCGUCCUGUACCCCAACGACAACCUGGACCGGGGCAAGGAGCUACGCCUGAAGCAGCAGUACUUCUGGGUCGCCGCCUCCCUCUACGACAUUGUCCGCCGCUUCAAGAAGACCAAGCGCGCCUGGAGCGAGUUCAGCGACCAGGUCGCCAUCCAGCUCAAUGACACGCACCCCACGCUCGCCAUCGUCGAGCUGCAGCGCAUCCUGAUCGACCUCGAGGGCCUGGAGUGGGACGAGGCCUGGAAGAUCGUGCAGAGCACGUUCGGCUACACCAACCACACGGUGCUUCCCGAGGCCCUCGAGAAGUGGCCCGUCGGCCUCAUCCAGCACCUGUUGCCUCGCCACUUGCAGAUCAUCUAUGACAUCAACCUGUUCUUCCUCCAGACGGUUGAGCGCCAGUUCCCCGACGACCGCGACAUCCUUCGCAGGGUCUCCAUCAUCGAGGAGGCGCAGACCAAGAUGAUCCGCAUGGCGCAUCUUGCCAUUGUGGGAUCGCACAAGGUCAACGGCGUGGCCGAGCUGCACAGCGACCUGAUCAAGACGACCAUCUUCAAGGACUUUGUUGAAAUCUUCGGACCCGACAAGUUCACAAACGUGACCAACGGCAUCACCCCCCGCAGGUGGCUGCACCAGGCAAACCCCAAGCUCUCGGACCUGAUCGCCAGCAAGUGCGGCGGCCACCUGUUCCUCAAGGACCUUACGCUCCUUAACAAGCUCGAGGACUCGGUAAACGACGCGGCCUUCCGCAAGCAGUGGGCGGCCAUCAAGCGCGCCAACAAGGCGCGGCUGGCCGACUACAUCAAGCGCACGACCGGGGUCACGGUCAGCCCGGACGCGCUGUUUGACGUGCAAGUGAAGCGCAUCCACGAGUACAAGCGGCAACAGAUGAACAUCUUUGGCGUCAUCCACCGCUACCUCGCCAUCAAGGCCAUGACGCCCGCGGAGCGCAAGAAGCAGCUGCCGCGCGUGUCCAUCUUUGGCGGCAAGGCGGCGCCUGGCUACUGGAUGGCCAAGCAAAUCAUCCACCUCAUUAACAGCGUCGGCAAGGUUGUGAAUGCCGACGAGGACGUCGGCGACCUCCUCAAGGUCGUCUUCCUCGAGGACUACAACGUCAGCAAGGCCGAGAUGAUCAUCCCGGCCAACGACCUUAGCGAGCACAUCUCCACUGCCGGCACCGAGGCUUCGGGCACCAGCAACAUGAAGUUUGUCCUGAACGGUGGACUCAUCAUCGGGACGUGCGACGGCGCGAAUAUCGAGAUCACGCGCGAGAUCAGCCCGGACAACAUCUUCCUCUUCGGCAACCUGGCCGAGGAUGUCGAGGAUCUCCGCCACAACCACACGUACGGGAAGCACACUGUGGACGCGGAGCUGCUCAAGGUCUUCGAGGCGAUCCAAAGCGACCAGUUUGGCGACUCGCAGAACUUCAACAGCCUGAUCGCGGCCAUCAAGGACCACGGCGACUACUACCUGGUGUCGGAUGACUUCAGCAGCUACCUGGACACGCACAAGCUCGUCGACGAGGCGUACCGUGACCAGGAGGGCUGGAUCACAAAGACCAUCACGAGCGUCGCGCGCAUGGGCUUCUUCACCAGCGACCGCUGCAUCAACGAGUACGCCGAGGGGAUCUGGAACAUUGAGCCGCUCAAGGUUGAGGCCUCGGAGUAAGCUUGAGGUCGUGUCGCCACUUGCUCGCAAAGCAUAGGAGGUGCAUGGUGUGGUUCGGACUGUGUUGAUCUCUGUCAGAGGCUUGGGUCGGGCCGAGGUUUGGGUAGGGUGAUUCAAAAAUAGCAGGCAGAGUAUUGUCGAGAGUAUGUUGAAUAGGCACAACUCAUCCCUAAUGCCCAUGACAGUCAUGUUGACGCUAAGGUAUUGCGCAACGCACACACACACACACCUCGGCAUCCACGUGGGA